UUACGUCAUUUCUCUCAGCAGUGUACUGAUUUUGGAGCAUAUAAAAGCUUGUGACUAGCACACAGUAUAAGUUAUUUUAUAAGGUAAAUGAAAAUAUGAUGAAGGCAACACAAUUUUGUAUGUUAUUUUGGCUUCUAUGCGUGUGGUUAAUUACUGGAAUCAACACUAGAACAAUAAAAUCUUUGAAAGGAAAAAAUAUUAAACUUCCAGACACGCCUAUAAAACCAGAUGGACAACAAGAGUCCAUUAUUGACAUGAUAAAACCAUCAUCACCCCAAAAUGGAAAAUUAGAUCUGGCAUUUAUAAUGGACACAACAGGCAGUAUGAGUUCGUAUAUAAAUAGUGCAAAGGAUAACAUCAGAGAAAUUGUAGAGGAAAUAGUUGCUUCAUCGGGCAGUGAUGUACGAUUAUCAUUAAUAGAAUAUAGAGAUCAUUCACCAGAAGAUAGGACUUUUGUCACCCGAAAAAAUGACUUCACGUCUUCUGUUUCCACUAUGAAAUCCUGGCUAAAUACUGCCCGUGCUAGAGGAGGGGGUGAUCGACCGGAAGCCGUAGCAGACGCUUUGUUCCAAGCAACUAAAUUGUCAUGGCGACAGGAUGCAACUAAAAUAAGUGUCAUGAUAUCUGAUGCACCUCCUCAUGGACUUGUGCCGUCUGAAGACACGUCAUUUCCUGAGGGAUCUCCAAAUGGUCACGAUCCUAUGCAAAUAGCUAGAGAUUUGGCUCAGAAAGGUGUAACUUUAUAUGUUAUUGGCGUGGAGCCACCAAUUGUUCCAUACAAGGACUUUUUCAUGGCUUUAGCUUAUAUUACAGGAGGUCAAUAUGUCCCAUUAUCAGUACCACGUCUUUUAGUUAAUGCUAUAACAGGGGGAGCUCAGGAAGAAUUGUCUUUACGGAAGUUUCAAGCGGACGUGCAGCAAGAAAUUAAGCAAGCUUCUGCAGCAGGCGGAUCAGGCGCGUCUAUUAAUAAACAACAAAUUGCACAAACUGUAUUCCGAAAACUACAGAAAUCAGGUGCAAAAUCUAAACAACUAGUUAGGAACAACAAAACUCUAGAUGGACCUUCAGCUGAUGCUAAAGUAUUAGCAUCGAAAAAAUCUCUGGCAGAAGUAAGAAAAAUUUUCAAAAAAGGGAAUACUCCGAGGACAAAAUUUUCAUUUUCGCCCCGUAAACGAUUGGGUAGGUUGAGGCCAUCGUUCGCAACGAAAGGCGGGUUCCAUAGAGGCAGAGUAGGAGGGGCACGGAGAAUGUCAAGUUCGUUUUCUAAAUUUGGACCAGCUGAAGCUAUUAUUCCGAGUUCAAGUGUUAGUGACAAACUUUCAACAAAAGAAUCUGGAAUUACCUUGGAACAAAUUAACAGAUUAGUGGAAAAAGAGACGGCAAGAUUACCGAGUGUUUAAGAUGUUAAUUAAACUUAAAGUACGAAAAUGUGCAUUUGUGAGUGACCAAUUUUAUGGGUGAGUGACAAACCCUCAACAAAAGAAUCUGGAAUUUCCUUGGAACAAAUUAACAGAUUAGUUGAAAAAGACAUGCAUGGCAAGAUUACUAAGUGUUUGUGAUGUAAAGACAUUUUUUAUAAGUAUGCAAUUGUGUAUGUAUGAGUGACUGUCUUCUUAUUUACAUUCUGCAAUCUGUAUUGAAUCAUUAAAAACGGAUGUCCCUUUUCAUAAAAUAAAUUAAAUUUACUAUGUUAAA